CAGAGGGAGGAGGGGUGACUCAGCCAAGCCCAGAGUGGGGACCUGCUAUAUAAAGGGUCGGACAACGCCCUGAAUCACCAUCUCUGGAGCUGGACGUUAUCCUUCGGCAUCCCAUCGGAGCCAAGAGAGUCGCCGGACCAUUUCUUAUCCUCCAUCAUGGCCAGUGUGAGUGUGCCUUGUCCAGGGUAUAGCCUGAGGCUUCAGGAAUGUGGCAUCGUCUGACUUUGAAGCUUUGAAAGCAGUCGGAAGACUUGAGAAGGGAAAUGGUUGCCAGUAACUUGGACCUCCGACCUGGAGUGUGCGUAAAAAUAGUGGGAGAUGUACUGCCUGAUGCCAAGGGCUUUAGGCUGAACCUGGGACAAGAUGAACUUAACCUUGCCCUACACUUCAACCCACGAUUCAGUGAAUUUGAUGAUAACAACACCAUCGUCUGCAACUCCAGACAGGAAGGCUCCUGGGGCUCAGAACAAAGGGAAAGCAACUUCCCCUUUCUGCCAGGGACCACUGUGGAGGUUUGCAUGGCCUUUGAGGGGAGUCAGUUUACUGUGAAGCUGCCUGAUGGCUCUCAGAUCAAUUUUCCUAAUCGACUUAACCUAGAAACAAUUAACUACUUUCAAGUUAAUGGUGACUUCAAGCUCAAAAGUCUGACCUUCGAGUGAGCCCUUCAAUCAAGCCAGCUUAAGACCAUUCUUGACUCUUGGAUUUCUCUUUUUACUAAUAAAAGUGCUGGUGAUGAUAA